AUGGCAGCGCGGGAGCCGCCCCGCGCGCCGCCCGCUCGAGACUUUGUUCCUCGCGCUGGCACGGACGUAAGGGUCCCGGGACGCGGCCGCGCGCCAGAGGGGAGAGCGCGAUCGGCCCCGGCAGCCCGGAGGCUCGUACUCUCGUCGUCGGUCGCCGGCGGCCAGGGCUCGGUCGCCCCAACGCCUGCCCGGUCACCUGCGCCGCCGCCCUCGCGGGAGCGCGUCGCGCCGUCUGCGGCUGCCAAGGUCGCCGGCUUCGGGCCUCUCCUGAAGCAGUCUCCUUGGAGCAACCAUCAGAGCAGUGGCUGGGGCUCGGGCAGCAUGUCUUGGGGCGCGAUGCAUGGCAGAGAUCAUCGGAGAACCGGCAACAUGGGGAUCCCAGGAACUAUGAAUCAGAUAUCGCCACUGAAGAAACCCUUCUCCGGUAAUGUCAUAGCACCGCCCAAGUUUACUCGCUCUACUCCGUCAUUGACGCCGAAGUCUUGGAUUGAAGAUAACGUGUUCAGAACAGACAGCAACAGUAACACACUCUUACCCCUACAGGUGAGAUCUAGUUUGCAGUUGCCAGCUUGGGGCUCAGAUUCACUCCAAGAUAGUUGGUGCACUGCAGCCGGAACAUCCAGAAUAGACCAGGAUCGAAGUAGAAUGUAUGACAGUUUGAAUAUGCACUCUUUGGAAAAUUCCCUUAUCGAUAUUAUGAGAGCAGAGCAUGAUCCUCUUAAGGGUCGAUUGAGCUACCCACAUCCAGGAACUGACAAUCUGUUGAUGUUAAAUGCAAGGAGUUAUGGGCGAAGACGAGGUCGUUCGUCCCUAUUUCCAAUAGAUGAUGGCUUGCUGGAUGACGGCCACAGUGACCAAGUUGGUGUUCUGAAUUCUCCCACCUGUUAUUCGGCUCAUCAGAAUGGAGAACGAAUAGAACGCUUCUCUCGAAAAGUUUUUGUUGGUGGGCUUCCUCCAGACAUUGAUGAAGAUGAAAUAACUGCUAGCUUCAGAAGAUUUGGGCCUUUGGUAGUAGACUGGCCUCAUAAAGCGGAAAGCAAGUCCUAUUUUCCACCAAAAGGCUAUGCCUUCCUUCUCUUUCAAGAAGAGAGCUCGGUUCAGGCGCUCAUUGACGCGUGCAUCGAGGAGGACGGCAAGCUCUACUUGUGUGUCUCCAGCCCCACGAUCAAGGACAAGCCGGUCCAAAUACGUCCUUGGAAUUUAAGUGAUAGUGAUUUUGUUAUGGAUGGUUCUCAGCCUUUAGAUCCCCGGAAAACAAUUUUCGUUGGAGGUGUUCCAAGGCCAUUAAGGGCUGUGGAGCUCGCCAUGAUCAUGGACCGGCUGUAUGGAGGCGUUUGCUAUGCAGGGAUCGACACGGACCCAGAACUGAAAUACCCAAAAGGUGCUGGCCGCGUUGCUUUCUCCAAUCAGCAGAGCUACAUUGCUGCCAUCAGUGCUCGGUUUGUUCAGCUUCAGCAUGGUGACAUUGACAAGCGUGUGGAGGUGAAGCCAUAUGUGCUGGAUGACCAGAUGUGUGAUGAGUGCCAGGGUGCGCGCUGCGGCGGCAAGUUUGCCCCCUUUUUCUGUGCCAACGUCACUUGCCUGCAGUAUUACUGUGAGUUUUGUUGGGCGAACAUCCACUCUCGUGCGGGACGCGAGUUCCACAAGCCAUUGGUGAAGGAGGGUGCUGACCGCCCGCGGCAGAUCCACUUCCGCUGGAACUAAGCGGCGCCGGGCCUCUGCUAAGGAGGAGGGAAGGGUGCAUGUGGCUCACUGUGUCUGGAGAUACUGGCCUGCAGAAGAAGUAAGUGCACUCUUCUGCUUUUCACCCCAGCUGUCAAUGCGUGCAUCUUUAUCAGCAGCCAAAACACUACAAGCCUCUUGUUUUUCACCAAAACCCUACAUCUCAGGCUUACUAAUUUUUGUGAUAUUUUCAUGUUAAAAUAAAAUGUUUUUUUGUAUUUUCUCCAAGUUAUUUUUAUAUGUAAAGUUAAAAUUAGAUACGAGAAUGUUUUGCGUAGGGGCGACACAGUCUGCUGCUAUAUAGUGGGGGAAGCGUGCACUUACUUCUAAACAUGGGUUUUUAACUUCAAGAUCUGCCCCAGUACUUUACCAAAGGUAGCAAAAUAAUAGUGAAGAUGGAAUAUGUCUGCUACAAAUGCUUAUUUUUAUUGUUGCUAUUUUCAGUGUAUACAUAAACUAAAAAUUAGGGUUGAUUUUUUUGCUCUCCAUUUUGACUUGCAAGAAAUAAUACCUCAAGAUAAUCUGAUUUAUUAGCUAUUUUUAAACAUUUUUAAUCACAAGCUGUACUAGCUUUGCUGCUAUAUAGGUGUUAUGUGUAAAUGCCACCUAUUGAUACGGGAUCGCAGUUGGAGACACUGCCUUGCGGAUGGAAUGCAGGCGGCGCGGCGUGGCCUACGCUGCCGUAGUUUUAGAAUGUGAAAACAAUGCAUGUUUACUUACCCGUCCACACCAUAUGCAUGCACUAGAAUAUUAACAAGAGGUGGGGUGUUGCAGAUGCUCAAAAAGCUCUCUUGAGUCUAGGUAGCAUGAACAAAUGAUAAAAUUUGUUUAAAAAAAGCAAACUUGCAUGCAUUUAUUGUGACUUCAAGUUAAAAAUGUUGUCCUACAUGUGUAAAAUAUGCAAAUUAGUUUUAGAUUAGAGAGUGCAGCCAUUUUGUGAUCUGGUCGGUAGUGGAAUUCGAUUUUAUGCAGACUGGAUGUAAUAUUUGUAAUCCCUGUGCAAUUCUGUGAUGUGCGGUUCUAAUUCAUGUGCAGUGAUAUAGUAUAGAUAAAAGACUGAAUAAAAGAAAAAUACAGGAAUUCUAAAGAAAGUUGAUUUUAGCCCCUCUGAUAGUUCAUGGUUCAGACAUCCGUUAUAAACCAAAGAUGGCCAGCACACUGCUAACCAGUCACCGAAUGUAAGACCCACGCGAAACCAUAUUUUAAAGAAUGAAUUUUAUAGAAGAAUGCAGAACUUUAGCAAACCUAAGUAAAGUCAAAAUGGAGAUGGGGAACUACACAGAUGGCUAGUUGCAUAAAAUGAAAGUUUCCCUUUAAGACAAUGCUGAAAUCUGGCUUACAGUGCUUACUUGUUUGACCUGUGUAUAUUGGGGGUCUUCUGUCUAAACUGGGGUCACUGUUGCAUGGAACAUUGUUGUUCUUAACGGUUAAGAAUUGCUUUUUUAAAAUUUUUGAUGAAGGAAUUUUGGUAAUGACUUUGCUUGCAGUUUUAAGGUUUUUUUUUUUUUUCCUUUUCUCAGAAAGUAGCAUGGAAACAUGCGGUAGUUAAUGAGCUUCUCUUGGUACUGAACACUAUUAAAAUAUCAUUAUCGAUAUUUUUUCUCUUUAGAGCAUUUUUAAUGCAACUAGCCCCUAUAUUUUAAUGUAAGAGUUCCUCUGAAAUAUACGCAAAGCACCCAACAAUGGUAAAUGUUUGGUUUUUUUGGUGUUUGUUUUCUGUUGUUUUUUUUUUUUUUUUUUUUUUAAUGCAGAACUAAGAUUUUUGACUCUAAAGAGAGAAAAUUACGAGGGUGUUGCCUUAAUGGCAGGCCCUUGGGACAAUCCUUCCUGUAAGCAAAGUGUUGAUCCUAAUAUCGGUUGUCUCUGGUGUGCUUUUUUGUAUUGUAAAAACGUGUGGUUCAUGUCUAACUCUGCUGUUUUAUUGUGGUUGUGGUUCAAGUUUUUAAUGUUUAAAGUUGAUGCUGUUUUAAGAAGAGCUUUUUACUAAUUUAUUUGUCAAUGUUCCCUAUUUGUUACUUAACCAUGAUCCUCCAGAUUUUUUGGAGUAUUCUUUUCUAACCUUAACCCUGCCAAACCUUGAUCCAUUUUGACAUUUGUUAUGCACUAUUUUUAUAUCUCUGUGAGAGAUUUUUCCAACAGUCAGCUAUUUUAUGGCAUACUUUUUUUGACUGAAAACAUCUCCUUUGCUAUACCUCAAUUUUUGGAAUUUAGAAAAGAAAUCAGUAGUUUUGCAAUGUUAAUUAUUUAGAUAUUUAAUUUCGCAGAUUUUUUAACUUUAUUUUCAUAAUUUCUGCUUAAUGUUUAAAAUUGAAGAGCCUUUUCAUGUACUAAAUAAUGAACUCUAAAAUUAUAUGAAGAAAAUAAUUGGAGAUGUUGAAAAUCACUUUUCCCUUCUCAAACACAAAUAAAUAUUGAAACGAAGGGAAACCUAGUAGAACACCCUUCUUGCCACGGGUAAGAUUGACAGAAAUGUGUGGUUGAUUUUAUCCUCAUUUCUGUCACCACAAAGCUUAUUAUUCUGAUGUUUUGCUCCUUCCCCUCCUCACCCCUACCUAGUUUUUUGCCUUUUAUGUACUACAUUCUUAUUUUCUACCUGUUAAAACACUGUAUUGGAGGUUUUUUAAUUUACAGAUCAUAUUUAUUUUACUAUUUUUGUAGAAAAUUAUUAAUUUUGAUUGUAUUUUUGUAUUUUCAAAGCUUCUUCAUUUGUGUUCCCUAAAUGUUCAUAUUGCUGCCCAAAAGUAUGACUGUGGAAGAAAAAAAUACUUUAAAUAUCCACGCUUUUUGUUAAGAAGGAAACAUUUAGCAUUUAUAUAUUUGUGUAUGGAGAACACUUGAUAUCUUAUCCCUGUUGCAUCAGGCUGCGCAGAGCCUCUCCUCAAAGAUGCUACAAAACUUGAAUCUAACACACUUUGAAGGCUGACUAACCUCGAUUCUGUGUUGUGCUGUGCAAUACUGUUUCUAAUGUUUGUAUAAAAAUAACAGUGUGAACCUUUUUAAUGCAAAUUUAUUUUUUUCAUUGCAUAUUUUGCAGAUUUUAUCCACAGUGUCAUUUUUUACUGUCAGAAAAGAUACCCCUUUUGUCAUUGCAACUAUUUUUUAAAUCCAGAAAUCUUUGUACUGAUGUAAAUGAUUGUAGUUAUUUUGGAUAGUGUUUUGCUAACAAAAGGAGAGACUUUUUUCAUGCAUAUUUCUAUUUUGUUUUUUUGGGUUUUAUUUUAUUUUAAUAGUAGUAAAAUACUUGGAAUAAUUUUUCAUAUUCUUGUCAUUAAUAUUAUUUUGUAUUUUUAUGUGGAAAUAUAUAAUUUUAUGACACUAAUUGCUAAAGUUUAUUUUAUGUUGAAUUAUUUUUGGAGCUGAAAUCUUUGUAAUAUUAAAGCAACUAGUUUCUAAUUCCCAGUUUCUGUAUAGAAUCGCACAAGUGGUUUAUGGAGUGUUUGGAUUGUAAUUAUAAUGGUUCUUUGAUAUGCAAAUUAAUAUUUUCAGUUGAUUUUAUUUUAUAUUCCUAAUGGGGUGUUAAAGCCGUUUUUUAUUUUUUUCUAAAUAAAAAGAGAACCCAUGCUUUUAUGGACACUAGGUAAACGCCUUCAGCUUAAAAUUUUUUGUUAAAUAUUUUAGUUUAUUUUAUUGUUAUCUUCCAGGUGUCUAAAUCUCCAGUCUGUCUGUUGUACUGGUAAUUUAACUCUGUAAUGGAAUAGUUUGCUGCCAACUAUUUAUAUUGAGUAAUUUUUAAAUAUUUGUAAUAUUGUUGACUGACUAAUAAACUAUUAAGUUAUUGGCA